AUGCCCAUAUUCCAAGAUGACCUGGUCAGUGGCCAAGUAUCACCCGAGACGCCAGCAAAGAAGAGUCGAUCCCAUUCGCCACUUGAGGCCAUUCCUAUGACAAGAAAGCUUUCAGAGGAGAGCAUCCGGACGGAAUUAUGUGAAGGGCCUCUGCUGGACACGCCGGAGGAGCAAAGGAAUAGUUCUGUGGGCAUUUUGGAUGCAAGCUUCUCAUUCCCGAUACAUGGAACCUCCGACCGAAGAGAAAUCAUUAGUCGACUUAAGAAAUCAAAUCGAAAUCUGGAGUCAUUGCUUCAAGAUUACGAGACACCUCAGAAACCCACUGCCAAUGCCUCCAGUUCCUCGCCCUUAUUACCAUCCCCCGAUAUCUCAGAAGCUAAACGCACAUCUACAACUGAUAUCGAGCCAUCACAUGCAGGCCUACAAAUUGAGAGGCCACGGUCGGCUUUACAUAGUGGUGACUUUACCGAAGGACCACAGCAGAGCAUAGCAGGGGACCAUGGGCUCCUGCAGGCGAACCCAGGCCUGUACAAUUCAGACAGACAAGAGUGGCUUGCUACAUCGCCACCAAGAAAUUUCUCUCCAUUUCAGCUCGACACUCGAUUUCCACCAGCAGACAGGCUCGACUCUGAACUAGAAUUACGGUCGCGAAUUCCCUCAUUGUCAUCCUCGUAUUCGUCGAGUUUUAUCCUGAAACCGCCUACGAGUCCAUUAGUACAUUCGGAAAGUAAUGAUGAUUUUGACUUUUCAACAAAUUCGUAUCCUAUCGACAUAAACACGGAUUCGAGAAGAAGUCCUCGGCGACACACCCUAGAAGCAUCGCAUUCGAUGCAUUCAACACCAUCAGUCCUGACAACAUCAAAUUUUAACAAACCACUACCACAUCUCCGACGAGACAAUACGUUUCCCUACCAAGCCCAUCAGCCAAGAAGAUCUCUUACGUCCAAUGCGGGCCUGCCGUCAUCAUCACCUCAAACGCCGAAUUUCUCACGUUCGAGAAGACCUUCGUAUACCUCUGAUAGUUCUCCUCUUCACGCAUCCAUGGUCGGAUCAUAUGAAGAAAGCAUCCUCCAAGGACGCAUGUCGACUACUCCCUCAAAGCCUUUGGAUUUUGUUGCUCAGAUAGGCGUUUUGGGUCUUGGUAAGUGCAAGGCGAGUCUUCGAUGUCCAGCUCACGUGACCAUUCCCUUCCCGGCGGUGUUCUACAGCUAUGAAACUACAAGCCAUGGUCGUUUGGGGAAGUCUGAAGAUGGACCUAGCCCGUAUGUAGGUCAAAUUGAUCUGGAGAACAGUCUGUCAAAUCCGGAUGAGGCACGUGACAACAAGCGGAAACGACCCAGUGCCAGUGUUGGUCGAAGUCGCAGUGAUGAGAUGGAUAUGGUUGACGGUCCAAAUACGAACCAGCUUACGGAACGAGAGAUUCGUAGAGCUGAUCAACAGAAACGACAAUCAGCCUCGUCCAGAGCACCUCCUGGUGGCAGUUACAGAAUCCCCGAAAGAGGGCAACUUCAGAUUAUAAUUAAGAACCCGAACAAAACCGCGGUGAAAUUGUUUUUGGUUCCAUAUGACCUUUCUGGGAUGGAACCAGGGACGAAGACCUUCAUCCGUCAACGAAGCUACUCGGCCGGGCCUAUUAUUGACUCUGUAUUAUCCUCUUCAAUACAGCAAAGCCCUGCAAUAAAUCCAGCAGAUCGGCCAACGCUUCGAUAUCUUGUACAUGUGCACAUAUGUUCCCCGUCUCGGGGUCGAUUUUAUCUAUACAAAAGCAUUAGAGUUGUUUUCGCAAAUCGAGUACCAGACGGAAAGGAAAAGUUACGCAAUGAAAUUUCACUCCCUGAACCAAGAUUCGGUGUAUAUAAACCAGGGCGUGAAUCAAGUCUUGGGCUUGCUCUUAAUGGCGGUGCAGCGGCUAGUCUUGCUGCAGACAAGGCUUAUAGAAGACGCAGUUCUGGUUUUGCUCUUGGCCACUCGAACCGUAACUACGAUAGCAUGGAUGGAAUCACUCAAGCUUUGAAUAAAGGUACAAGUGGUGGCCCGGCGUCUUCACGAGACCGAGACAUCAGUUGCGCCAUACCUAUUCAGCCUAUUCCAUUCAGCCUUUUUCGAAAACCGGUUCGGCGUGAAGAUGAUGCUGGCCAAGAUCGGCCUGAAAAUAUACAGUCGCCGAACUCGAGUAAGAGCAGCCGGCCAACCACUUCAAACGAGUCCGGUACGUCGAUGUCUUGGAAUAGUAAUAGCACAAGUGGUAUCCACGGUUACGAUAAGCUACACAAAGGCGACAUUGGAUACGGAGGCAAUGCCUUUGCAAGCUCCCCUGAUGGCAAGCAAGUCGUGGCUGAGGGACUACUGGCGAAGAAGCUGCGAGAUCUUGGAGUUGGUAGACCUACUCAGCAAGAUCGUUUGGACGGCAUGUGA